AUGUUGCAGGGCAAUUUUUCUAAGGUCCUGCGACGAGUGAUGAACGCUUUCAUUAGGCAAGUGAAGCAGUUCAUAUCAAUGCCUUUGGAUGCUAGUGCCCUGGCUGUGGUGAAGCGGCAAUUCCAGGAAAUGGUUAGUCGCUUCCCACACGUUAUUGGGGUUGUGGAUGGGACACAUGUAGCGAUUGGUGCACCUAAACAUAAUGAGGAAAUAUAUAUGAACAGGAAACUGUUUCACUCUCUGAAUGUCAUGGUUGUUUGUGGCCCAUCCCUCCAGAUCCUGUCCCUGAAUGCUAAGUACCCUGGAAGUGCACAUGAUGCACAUGUCAUUCGGCAAUCAGGGAUCUGGCAAAGAUUAAGAAUGAUGGAAGGACAAGACAUGUGGCUAUUGGGAGAUCGUGAAUAUCCUUGCACCCCCUGGCUCAUGACUCCUUACUGCAAACUCAGGCCAGGGCCACAGUCCGAGUUUAAUUCCAUGCUUACUGCCACUAGACAGCUGGUGGAGCGCACUAUUGGUGUUCUUAAAGGCCGCUUCCAUGUGCUCCACUGCAAUGGCGGCGACAUCAUGUAUUCGCCGGAAAUGGUGAGUAAAGUAGUGGUCCUGUGUGCCAUCCUGCAUAAUAUUGCUGUAAGGAGUCGCCUGGAGCAUCCUGAAUCUGAGGAAUUGCCCAGCGAGGAUGAGGAGCCAGGGGUUGGGCGGACAUUUUGUCAGCAAAUAUUGUGUUAA